AGGUGGUGAACGGUGAAAUGAAAACAAACUCUGUCACCAACUUGUCAGAAACCCAAAAGCCCUCAUCUCUCUUUUUCUCUAUUUCUCUCUCAUCGCUUGCAAAGUGAAUAGUGUGUGUAUAGUAUCCAAAAGAUCAAAAAGCCGAAAACUUCUCUAUCUCUCAUUCUCAUGGAGAGAGAGAAAACCCCAGUUAGAUAACUGCAAGACACAAAUACUUCACAUAAAUUGUCCCCAAAACCAGAAAAAAAAGCAAUCAGAUCAACCAUCUGCUCAUCCUCGGUCGUCUGUCAGUUGAUUGAUUGUGAAAUGCACAGGCUCUGGUGGGGUAAUUUUACCAAAUUCAUCGAGAUUAAAUUUGGAGUGACUUCGACUUAGAUCUGACUGAUAGUGAAAAUUCUACCUCAUUUGAUUCAUUUUUAUCACGAACACAAGUUUUUGCGUGGAAUUAUUUGGCAGUUUCCGUAAGUGUAUGUGGAGUGUAGCAGUCGUUGCCACCUUUGCUGUUACUCAUCCGGUGUAAAAUGGCUUCUGCCAGCCUUGGACAUGGCGGAGUUGGCAGUUCCAGAGCUGUUACCGGCUUCAAUGAUUCAUCUAGUUCAGUUGACUGGCUGGGGAGGGAGAUGCUUGAGAUGCGACUCAGGGACAAGGUGGAACAUGAUGAUGAAAGAGUGAGUGAUAGUGAACCAGAGAUAGUACAUGGUGUGGGUGCUGAAGCAGGGCAUGUGAUAAGAACAACAAUAGGUGGUUGCAAUGGUCAGUCUAAACAGACUGUCAGUUACAUAGCUGAGCAUGUGAUUGGAACCGGCUCUUUUGGUGUUGUUUUCCAAGCGAAAUGCAGAGAAACUGGAGAGAUUGUUGCUAUAAAGAAAGUUCUUCAAGAUAAGAGAUAUAAGAACAGGGAGCUACAAAUCAUGCAAAUGCUGGAUCACCCUAAUGUUGUGGCCUUGAAGCAUUCUUUCUUUUCAACUACUGAUAAAGAAGAGCUAUACCUCAAUCUUGUUCUUGAUUUUGUUCCUGAAACAGUUAGCAGAAGUGCUAGACAUUACACUAGAAUGAACCAACGAAUGCCCUUGAUAUAUGUCAAGUUAUACACCUAUCAGAUAUGCAGAGCACUUGCUUAUAUUCAUAAUUGCAUUGGUAUCUGUCAUCGUGACAUCAAGCCUCAAAAUUUGCUAGUGAAUCCACACACACACCAGCUAAAACUAUGUGACUUUGGAAGUGCUAAAGUUCUGGUAAAAGGAGAGCCUAAUGUUUCUUAUAUCUGUUCAAGAUAUUAUCGUGCACCAGAGCUUAUAUUUGGUGCCACUGAAUAUACACCAGCUAUAGAUAUUUGGUCAACAGGCUGUGUCAUGGCUGAACUACUACUUGGACAGCCAUUGUUUCCCGGAGAAAGUGGUGUUGAUCAACUUGUGGAGAUCAUUAAGGUUUUGGGAACUCCUACAAGAGAGGAGAUAAAAUGCAUGAAUCCAAAUUAUACUGAAUUUAGGUUUCCUCAAAUAAAGCCUCAUCCAUGGCACAAGGUCUUUCAAAAGCGUUUACCUCCAGAAGCAGUGGAUUUAGUUUGUAGGUUUUUUCAAUAUUCACCUAAUUUGCGUUGCACUGCGUUGGAAGCUUGUGUUCAUCCCUUCUUUGAUGAAUUGAGGGACCCAACCACCCGUCUUCCUAAUGGUCGUCCACUUCCUCCACUCUUCAAUUUUAAACCACAAGAGCUUGCAAGCAUCCCUUCUGAGACUUUGCAAAGGUUGAUACCAGAACAUGCUCGAAAGCACAACUUAUUCAUGGCUUUGAACACACAAUGA